AUGGCCGCAACCGCCUCGCAGCCUGCGCUUGAGGAGAACAUGGAGACGACGCAGCAUCCACAGCUGCCAGAGCACCACUGUGAUCCUGUGAACUUGAAUGCGGCAAAGCUCUGCGGAACCCCCUUGCAAUUGCCCGUGCAGCAGCCCGUGCAGCUGCCCAUGCAGUUGCCUGCGCAGUGGCCACAAUGGCAGCAACCUCACUACCCAUAUCCGUACUCGACUCUCCAGAACCUCCAGACACUUCCAUAUCCUCAUUCGGCCCACCCGUCUGGAGUGCCCGUGCCGGUCUUGCCGGCCUCCAUGCAUGUGCCCGUGUACCACCACAGCCAGGCAUCUGCAGCACCCUUGCAGGCCUCGAUGCAUGCUCCCGUUCACGACGGCCAGGUCGUGUUCGUGCCCAAGGUCGAGGUCCAGGAGCGGGUCCGCCACGUUCCCAAGAUCGAGACGCGCCAGGUGGAGAAGGUCGUGGAGGUGCCGCAAGUGCAGUACGUGGACAAGGUGGUAGAGGUGCCACAGGUGCAGCUACAAGAAGUGGUGAGACAUGUCCCAAAGGUGGACUACCAAGAGCGGGUCCGGCAUGUUCCCAGGAUCGAGACACAAACGGUGGAGAAAGUGGUGGAGGUGCCACAGGUCCAGGUUGUUGAGAAGGUGGUCCCCGUCCCGCAGGUGCAGCUGGUGGAGAAGGUGGUGCCGGUGCCAAAGGUGCAGAUUGAGGAACGGGUGCGUCAUGUGCCAAAGAUCCUAACUCAAGUGGAGGUGCCGCAGGUGCAGUAUGUCGACAAGUUCGUGGAGGUUCCGCAGGUGCAGAUCCAGGAAGUGGUGAGGCAUGUCCCAAAGGUGGAGAUCCAGGAGCGUGUUCGCCAUGUUCCCAGGAUCGAGACACGCCAGGUUGAGAAGGUCGUGGAGGUGCCGCAAGUGCAGUAUGUGGACAAAGUGGUGGAGGUGCCGCAGGUGCAGCUACAGGAGAUGGUGAGGCAUGUGCCCAAGGUCGAGACCAAAGAAGUCCUCCGGCAUGUGCCGCAGAUCCAGGUCCAGUAUGUGGAGAAGCAGGUGGAGGUCCCCCACAUCCAGUACGUGGACAAGAUUGUGGAGGUCCCGGAAGUGCACACCGUGGCUGCCUCAGAAUUCCAGGGAGCCUUGCCAGGCUACUCGCCUACUUCACACCUCAAGUUUGAGGGCUUGGCAACCCCCCGCAGCGGGUCGACUUCAGCCACCUCGCUCCCACGGUAUGACUUUACGCCAACAAGACGCUCAUUGGGCAGGGCAUCACUAGGACUAGGACCAUUCGUCGCACCGUCGCCUUACUCUGUGCGCUCCAUUCCUCCGACUCCCGUUGAAGACGCUCAUGUCGAGAUGGACGAGCAGCAGAACCUUUAG